AUGAAGAGCAAGAGUUCACGACCAGUGACAAAAUUCACUAAGGAUUUUGAUUUUAUAACAGUGAAUGAAAAGUUCAAGAAGGAUGAAGUUUGGGGUCACCUUGACAAGAAUAAUAAAUCUCAUUCUAAGGAUAGAGAAGAUGGAAAUGUCAGUGGUGAAGAUGAUUCUCAAACCGAAAAUUAG